AUGGUGAAUAGCAUAUUCGACGAUGCCGACACGAAUGAUGACGGGCUCGUUGACAUCAGCGAGUCCUACAUCCUCAUUCUGAGGCUCUACAUCAAAGUGAAUCAAAAGGCGCCGAUCAAGCCGCCAUCUCGCGAGACGGCAGACAUGCUGUUUAAUACGGCAGACACGGACGUGUCUGGCAUGAUCAACAAGCAGGAGUUCCUGCAGCUUUCACUAGACCUCUUUGCGAGCGCCGGGAUCCGGGUCCUCGCUUAUAAGCUCGUCAGCUUCCUGUUGGCGCCCCUCCUCGCGACUUACCUCUCCGGCUGGCUUGUCACCCAUCCCAACAACCUGACGGAGAGCGCCGUGGCUGCCGCGAGGGCUGUUGUGCCCGACUCGCUUGAACCGUCCGUUUUCACGCAGGGCACCUUGACGACCAUACUGAUCGUCGUCUUUGUGUCGACGCUCGGGCAUGUCUUCAUGGACCUUGUCGACACGCUGCUCCUGCGCGUUGGGAAGGCGGAGAAUGAGGAGGCCGCAAAAGAGGCGAAGCGCAAGGACUCGCUGCUGUAG